AGUUGUCGCGGUUGGUGGGCAGUAACAGAGCCAAGAUGCUGCGAAAUCUUUUGGCUGUUCGUCAAGUUGCCCAGAGGACCAUAAGUACUACUGCACGCAGACAGUUUGAAAAUAAAGUCCCAGAGAAACAAAAGCUAUUUCAGGAGGAUAAUGGAAUUCCAGUGCAUCUGAAAGGUGGGGCAGCUGAUGCCCUCCUGUACAGAGCUACCAUGGUUCUUACAGUUGGCGGAACAGCGUAUGCCUUGUAUCAGCUGGCCAUGGCUUCAUUUCCCAAAAAGCAGGAUUGA